AUGGCAAAGAUUCUUCUUGGGUGUCUGGUUGGGUGUCUUCCUUGUGCUGGCAUCACCGCCAUCCGAUCCCUUCUCGACUUCAUCUAUAUAGCUCAGUAUACAUCUCAUACUACAGAAACACUCCGUUAUCUUCAAGAUGCCCUUGACGAAUUUCAGGAGAACAAGCAGUUUUUUAUUGACACUGGUCUUUGGCAACACCUCAACAUUCCCAAGUUCCAUUCUCUUCUCCACUACAUCCAUUCCAUCAAGCUCUUUGGAACGACUGAUAAUUACAAUACUGAGAUGUUUGAGCGCCUUCACAUUGACUUUGCUAAACAUGGCUGGCAUGCCUCCAACAAGCGCGAUGAAUUCCCCCAGAUGAUUCGCUGGCUGAGUCGGCAAGAGAAGAUCUCUCAGCUUGCAACAUAUAUAUCUGCCCACUUUUCUGUACCUCAUCCCACACCGUCUCCACCAUCUUCUCCUGGUGCUAACUCAGAUGACUUACAUGAGGUUGAAUCUACAAUUACUAUUGCAAAGGAACCAAACUUCAAAAACCGCGCUCUUUCACAAAUUGAAGUUGUACACAAUGCUCCCAAUUUCUCCUACCAUCUCAAGCAAUACCUUGGUGGUCUUCUGGUGGCAAAUUCUUCUGCACCACGAAUGUCUGCUGCAAGAACUGCUCAGUUCUCACUGCCAUUCACCAAAGUCAGUACCUAUAAUAUGUUCCGCUUUCAACCUAAAGGAAUCCAGGAUGACGAGGAAGAGCAUGAUAUUAUCUGGGCAAUUCCACAAAGCAAGGGCUAUCCACAUGGACGAUAUGAUACAGCAGUAGUCUUGGUCAAUGAUGAAGCUCAAUCAACAGGGUUAGCUGGUAUGACAGUUUAA